AUGUCAGUAAUAAGAAACCCUCUUGUUAUCACUAGACCAAUUUAUUCUUCACAAGAAAAAUGUGGAUAUUGUGAUGGGAAGAAAAAGGAUCCAUUUGCACUUGAAUCACAAAAUGAUAAGGAUACUGAAGAGGAUUGGAUAGCUCAAUCAACAUCUAUAGGCGUCUCAGUAGAGUUGAUGACUGCUGAGCACUACGACCUGUUUAUAAACCAAGGUUUCAGGAGAUCGGGAACUUAUUUAUACAAACCAGAUCCAAUUCGUGGAUGUUGUCGAUUGUAUACGAUCCGAACAAAUUAUCAGCAUUUAAAUAUCAUCAAGAAGCAUAGACAAGUAAUCAAUAGGUUUAUAAGGGCCAUAAGUCCAGAAGAAAUUGUACUGGAACAGUCAUCUUCAACCAAGAAAAAUGGUGCAUUCCGUCUAGAAUCCUUACUUGAGGCAGAACAAAAUUGUGAUAAAUCAAUUUUCUACACUAGAUACGAACCAUCACAUUUCUCAAAGGAGAAAUUUGAAUUGUAUAAGAAAUAUCAAAUUGCUGUACAUAAUGAUGAUCCUGAUGAAAUCACCAAGGAAUCUUUCAAGCGAUUUCUUUGUGAUUCUCCAUUCCCAGAACCAGAAAUAGAAGGAACAAAACCACAAUGGGAUAAAUUGAAUAAUUGGGUUAAAAAUUGGAAUCCAAAUGAAUCAUCAUCAACUUCCACCAAAAGAAUUGGACCUACUCAUGAAUGUUACUAUUAUAAACAAAAACUCAUUGCUAUCUCUGUAUUGGAUUUCUUACCUUCAGGAUUGUCUUCAAUUUAUUUCAUAUGGGAUCCAGAUUAUGCACAUUUAUCAUUAGGUACUCUUUCAGGACUCCGAGAAAUCUUGAUGUGUAAAGAAUUAAACCUUGGAUAUUAUUAUUUAGGGUUUUAUAUUGAAGAUUGUGAAAAGAUGGUUUAUAAACGGAGAUUUGGAGGUGAAAUACUUGAUCUUGCCAAUGAAACGUAUAUACCAUUUGAAACAUUUGAUAAAUUUGCUCUGGGGAAUGGAAGAUAUAUAUGUUUUGGGAAAGAUACAGAAAGAGAACCAGAAAUUUUGAAGUUAGGACAUCCAUCAAAUUUAAAUGAAUCAAGUCAACUUAAAUUACCUUUACAAAAUAUUGCAUCAGAUAUUUAUAAAUUUGGUUCUACAAGUUACAAAUUAGCCAAUGAAAGCUUAGAACAAGCACAAAAGAGAUUCAAGUUGAAGAAACAAAAGCAAGAACAUUUUAUAAUCCCUCCAAUGGUACCUGGAUUGAUCCCAUAUUGGCAACUUCUUUCACUUUCUAAUGAAAUUGACCAUAUGAAUGUAAAUAUAUUUCAAAUGAUGUACAGUAAUAUGAUUGAAGAUGAGUUCAAAGAACUUGAUGGAGAUAAGAAAUCAAUCAUUCUAGAUUGUGUUCGACUUUUCGGUAUCGAACAAGUUUCGAAAGCUAUAAUUCUCGUAUAA